AUGGAGACACCAAUUACAAUCCCAGGGUUAGGAUUCAGUGCCCUGCAAGCUUCAGACUCUUGGGGCAACACAUCGGUUCUCCCUGCCAAUCCAGCCUUUCCCUUUUCCUCUCAACUCCCAAAUGAUGUGCUCCUCCACAACGGAUCCCUGCAGAACUGGACGGACAGUGAUAGCAUCGGUUUUGUGCCUAGCGUUGCAGGAAUCCUCAUUCCUCUUAUCUACAUAAUUGUCUGUGUGAUCGGUUUAGGCGGCAACACCUUGGUCAUCCACAUUGUCCUGCGCUACUCUCAGACCCAGUCCGUCACCAACAUCUACAUUUUGAACCUAGCCAUAGCUGAUGAGCUCUUCAUGUUGGGCCUUCCCUUUCUGGCGGUCCAGAAUGCUCUUCUCUCUUGGCCGUUCGGCUCGUUAAUGUGUCGUCUGGUCAUGACUGUAGACGCCAUCAACCAGUUCACCAGCAUCUUCUGCCUGACCGUGAUGAGCAUCGACCGCUACUUGGCUGUAGUGCAUCCUAUCCGGUCCUCAAGAUGGCGGCGGCCCCGAGUGGCCAAAGCAGUGAAUGCCACAGUAUGGGCUGUUUCCUUUGUGGUCGUCCUGCCAGUGGUGGUGUUUGCCGACGUGCUGCAGGACGACGGCAACUGCAGCAUUGUCUGGCCUGAGCCAGCGGAGGUUUGGAAAGCUGCGUUCAUCGUUUACACCGCAACGGUAGGCUUCUUUGGCCCCCUGCUGGUCAUCUGUAUGUGCUACCUUCUCAUUGUGGUCAAGGUGCGCAACUCUGGACGCAGAGUGCGUGCCACGUCAAUCCGCCGGCGGAAGUCUGAACGGAAGAUCACACGAAUGGUGGUGAUCGUAGUGGCCGUGUUCGUGUUCUGCUGGCUGCCGUUCUACGUAUUAAACAUCGUCAACUUGCUAGUGCUGCUCCCUGGUGAGUUCCGUGGCCUGUAUUACUUUGUGGUGGUUCUGUCAUAUGCUAACAGCUGCGCCAAUCCCAUCCUUUACGGCUUCCUCUCCGACAACUUCAAGCGAGGCUUCCGGAAAGCUCUAUGCCGCUCGACUAGGCGAGUGGAAAAUCAGGAUCUGCAACUGGGAACCAUGGGAAACCACACCCUGCCACUUGAGGAAGUAAAGAAGGACCUAGAACCCAGAGAGUGCCUGAGGGAAACUUGCACAGAGGUGCAGCCAGAAAGAGAGGAAGAGGAUGAAGAAGAGGAGGAAGUAGACAUGGGUUACAUGGAGAAUGCCACUCAGAUGACAGAAAUCUGCAGGUCGGUGCAGAAUGGCUGCAGGAAUGGACACAUGGAGGGCGCUAGGACCCGGUUCUCACACACGGCUGAGGCCAAAGCAGCAGGCCCCGUUAAUGGAGCCAGGACUGGGGGGAAUGGAGGCUAUAUUAGUCCAACCUUUGGACCUGUUGCUCCUCUCAGUGGAGCUCAAAAAGGAAAUGUCAAACGGCUGUCAGAGGAGGCAGCAGACACUGUCCUGGAAAUCAGCUACUUGUAA